GCUCAGCAACCAAGGUCUCGCGCUGCUUGGCGGCUCAGCCUCAUGGACCUCCAGUUCUCCUUUGACGAGGACAGGACUGCGCGGGAAGCCAAGUGCAGCUCUGUCUCACUGCCCGUCGUCAAGGCUGUGCGCCUGCGUACCCCACGACAGCGGCAACGCUCAGCCCGCGGUGUUGUGCUCCCUUGCUCACUGUGCGCCAGCAUGAGCAGGAGGGCGCCAGGCCUGCGCCUGCAGACGAUCUUUGAGUGAGAGAUCCGCCUUGUUCCUGGGGGCCGUUAAGUCUUAAAGUGUGUGCACGACGCGGUGCGCGCGGCGCGGCGCGAAGACGGGAAGGAUAGAGGGCUCGCCCGCACCCCGCAGCUGCGUGGAAUGCUUUUGUAUCAUUGAAAUGGUUGACGAGAUAACACCUCU